AUGUUCAAGCUAUCGGAGCUGGUGCGCUGGCUGGGGCUCACCGAGUUCGAGAUCCUGGUCAAUUUGUGCGGCCUGCUGGUCUUCACCAUCACGCUGGCCGUCAAGCUGCAUCUGCAGGCGCGGAUUGGACCCGGGGGCAUUUUACCCGAGCCCAUGGGCGACUGGUUCACCGUCUUCAGCCCCCUGUUCUUCAUCGACAUCUGCAACGCCUACUUCUGCGUCAUCGUGGGCAUUCGCAUGUAUCUGGACUCGAACAACAAGCGCAAGGCCCUGCAUCGGUUCAUGUGGAGCACCUACUUCCUGGUGCUGAUCGCCAUCUUCAAGUACCUGCUCUGCCUGAAGCUGUCCAGCAAGACGGGGCUCGAGUACUCGGAGGUCUUCUCCCCGAUCUUUGUCCUCCUGCAGCUGGUGGCGGUGCGAGCCUGCCAGCUGCCCAACUCCAUAUGAGAGCCUAGACCUAUUGACCUACUAUACAUAUUCAUAGUCCUAAUACGAUACGAUACAUAUAUUCUUUCUGAUCUGAUACGGA